UGAGGUUAUAUGAGUACAAUUAGAGAUAAAUGAAAUUGAAUAAUAAGGUAAUAUAUUGCUUCUAAUCCCACACUUAAAUUAUUUAUACCAGCUAGAACGCUUAUUUUACCGACCUAUUCAAAAACGAAGCUAACACAAAAGAUUUAAAAAAAACGGAACAAAACUGAAUAAUGAUUCUUCGUGAUUGAUGAUUUUGGUUUCGUUUUCAUAACAGCAAAAAACGUAGUUUCAUAGUUUUCAAGAAAAUUUUCAAAUAUCAGAUUGAAGUUUUUCUGCUUUUCUUGUCAGCUAUUGCUUUUAAUAAUGGGAGCCAAAUGCACUCGGUCUGAGUUUGAAUACACGUAUUCGGACGAACCCCACUCAACUCGUCGGAAGCAAAUUUUAGCCAAAUAUCCAGAAGUCCGGCAGUUAUAUGGCAACGACUACACGAUGCUUGCAAUGAUGCCGUUUAUUGUCGCAUUUCAAACCUGGAUGUCUUGGGUAGUCGGAAGAUCCUCGUGGCCAAUCACAAUUGCCUUCUCUUACGUAAUCAGUGGAACAAUCAACCAAUCGCUGAUGCUCGCUGUGCACGAGAAUUCACAUAAUACUGUAUUUGGAAGUCGCAGACAACUAUGGACUCGGCUGUUCGGAAUAUUCAUGAAUUUGCCGAUCGGAGUGCCGAUUUAUGUGUCGUUCAAAAAAUACCACGGGGAUCAUCACACGUUUCUGGGGCACCAUGAAAAAGACAGGGACCUGCCACAUCCGUUGGAAGCUAAGUUAUUCAACCGACCAAUCACAAAGAUAUUGUGGCUCAUUUUGAACCCCCUUCUCUACACUUUGCGACCUACUCUCGUGUACCCGAAGCCUUUUGUCUGGUGGGAACUCAUCAACCUCAUCGUUCAACUUCUUUACGACUACUUCGUCUUUUCCUACCUCGGUGGAAUUAAAGCUAUUUUCUACCUGGUUGGCGGUUCGAUUCUCGGCUCGGGCCUUCAUCCAAUGGCCGGUCAUUUUAUCUCCGAACAUUACAUUUUCUUUGAUAAAGGACAACAAACUAGCAGUUAUUAUGGACCAAUGAACUAUCUGGCCUGGAAUGUCGGCUAUCACAACGAGCAUCACGAUUUUCCCUGGAUUUCAUUUCGCAAGUUGCCCAAAUUGACUAAAAUUGCACCCGAGUUCUACAAAGAUCUACCUCAUCACACUAGUUGGGUUGGAUGUCUGAUUAAAUUCAUUUUCGACCCAGAAGUCGGCCCUUUUGCGAGAGUAAAAAACGCAGCUUCUGUCGAUAGAGCAAAAGACAGUUAGAUGGAUGAAAACCAAGAACUAAUUUUUUCAAGCAGUUAACCAGAAUGAGAUCAAUAAAUUAGGGCCUCUCACCAUGUCACAGUUAAUACAAAAUUAAAUUCGACAGCAAUAAUGAUGUGCCGCAAAGUUUGAUUAGAAUAUUGUCUGCAUUAUU